AUGUUUUUUAGAGUUGAGUCAUUUACUCCUGCAGGACGUACUGGUCAUUCAUCCGUUUUUAUUGGAAAUAAAUUAUACUUUUUUGGUGGUGGGAAAAAUGAAAAAUCUUAUUCAGGAAUAUGUUUUAGAAAUUGUUGGGGGACUACAGUUGCAGUAAAUUACAAUAAUAAUGACAUGACAAUAUUCCAUAUUGGAGGAUAUAUGCUUGAUCAUAAUAAUAAAAAUGUUCUUAUCUCAUUAGUACAGACUUUUAAUCCAUUAUCCGGGCAAUGGAAUGCACCUAGAAUUACAGGAGUAGAACCAUUGAGACGAGUAAAUAUUCAAGCUAUCGCUGAUGAUAUUGGAAAAAUUUAUGUUUUUGGUGGAGUUUCUUCAGGAACAGAAAGCGAAUUUUUUGAUGAUAUAAUAAUAUUAAAUGUCAAUGAUUUAAUGUGGUCAUAUGGUUCAAUUGCUAAUCCCGCUUUUAAUCGUGUUUUAUAUACUGCAACGUUAUUAUCAAAUGGUAUGAUUGCAUAUAUUGGAGGUGUUGAAGAAACAACUGAUAAUAUUCAGAAAGGGGGUCUGGAGGGUACUGAUACCCUCCAGAAAAAAUUCUAUGGGUUUGAUACGAAAUCCCAAAGAUCAAAAUCCCAAAGGAUCAUAAUCCCGAAGUCAUAA